AGACUUGAAUAUUAUUAUUAGCUACAUUGGUAUGUGUAAUGAAUACCCGAUUUACAUCGGCGAGAUAGAGUACUGAUAGUAGCGGUUUUCAGGGCGCUAACUUGUGGGAUUAGUUUGCAUGCAGCGUUGACAGCGGAAGCUGACGGCGGUGGGAAGGGCUGUGAGGUGUUCAAGAUGGCGGCGCCCUGUGGAGUGAAGCUACUCUAACAGAGGUGCCUGGAGACUGAAUUGGUGGGUGGCCCCAAGGGAGUCCUCCAGGCAGGAAGGGACGGACACCGUGUGAGAGAGACACUGCAUCCACCUCCAGCACUGCCACCAUGGCUAGGGAGCAGCCCAACAUGGGGGAUCUCCUCCCGCUCCUGGAGACCGCCGACCUCCACCAGCUAGAAGAGAUCAGAGGCCUUAUUAAUGAGCAGCUCAGCACUGAACGAGGGUCUGUGCUGCUCAACGGGCUGGUGGACUACUUUUUAGAAACAAACUCUUCCGAGGCCAUGCAUAUCCUCUGCUCGGUCAGAGAGCCACAUGACAAGCACCUUCUGGACAAGAUGAACGAGUGUAUGACCAAGCAGUCUUGCCGGCUGCCCACCCUCACCAUGCUCGGCCAUGUCAUCCGCAAGCAGCCUUCCUGGAUCCACAAGAUUGCUCGAUACCCUCUUCUGCUCUCACUACUCAAAUGCCUAAAGACUGAUACGGAUGUCGUGGUGCUGAUUACUGGGGUGUUGGUGCUGAUCACGCUACUUCCCAUGAUUCCUCAAGCAGGGAAACAACACCUGUGGGAGUACUUUGACAUUUUUGGUCGCCUGGCAUCUUGGAACCUGAAGAAUCCUGGGCAUAUUUCAGAGGUUUACUUGAUCCACCUUCACGCCAGCGUCUACUCCCUCUUUCACCGACUCUAUGGCAUGUAUCCUUGCAACUUUGUGUCCUACCUGCGCUCUCAUUACAGCAUGAAGGAGAACAUGGAAACCUUUGAGGAAGUGGUCAAGCCAAUGCUCGAACACGUCCGUAUCCACCCCGAAUUAGUGACAGGAACCAAGGAUUACGAGCUUGACCCCACCAGGUGGAAAAAGUAUGAAAUCCACGAUAUUGUCAUUGAAUGUGCCAAAGUCUCUCUCGACCCGAAGGAGGCCUCCUGUGAGGAGGGAUACGCCACCAUGCCUGAGAACUUUUACCCUCAAAUCCAUCUGCGACCACAAGACUGCACUUCCAGCCCGUACACAGACCUCUACAGCAGUUAUGGAAGCUCCUCAUCGACCCCGUUCUCCACUCCACGGCAGCCGCUGCCUCCGCCCCUGUCUUUGCCCCCCUUCUCAGGGACACAGCCAACCAGCCGUAGCCCACAGACCUCCAAACGCCAGAACUCCACUUGUGAACUUAACUCCUCCUAUGGGGGUAAGGACCCAUUAUGGAGCCCCUCCUCCUUGUGUGGAAUGGCUACACCCCCUUCAUCCAGGGGCAUGUCACCCAACUUCGAGCUCUCCCACAGUGCCUCGCACCUUCCCAGCCGCUUCCACAGCACUUCGGGAGGGAAAGGAACACCUGCCUCCAGUACUCCAGCCACCUCAUCACCACCUCCCACACUAUCAGAUGACUUUCCUAUUAUCUCCUUACCUGCCAACACAAUCCAGUCCAGUCCACCUAGAAAAGAACGCAGACAUGGAGACAGUGGUAAGCCUGCCCUGGUGAGACAGGACCCUGUGAAAGACUCAGAAAAACUUGGAGCCACAAACAGAGACACAGGAGAUGCUGAGAAUGUGUCCAUGACAUUGACGGAGCUGUCGUUUUUCAUGAAGAAGCAGGAGUUGGAGCUUCAGCUCAGAAUGGAAAAAGAGAAAGAGGAGGCGGCCAUCACAGAGGAGCUUCUGAAGAUCACUGAGGAUAAGCAGGAGCUGUUAGGCCUGAGGGGUUUUGACUCCCCUUUCUAUCGCACCACUGAGACUCUGACAGGCUGCCAGGCACAAGACAAGAAUCUCACCAACAGCCAACCUGAAGGGUCCGUCUUGGACACACGCCAUGUGGUGUCAACGCCAGACAAAGUGGAGAACACUGCAAGUACCACUGGUGUCGAACGAGGAGGGGGAGUGGGAGAUAGUCGGAGUUCAACCAUCGGCCUUGAACAAUCCUGGCCCUUGUUGUCAGGUUUUACACCCAUUGAUCACCACCUAUACCGGAGUUCAUCUGCCCCGGAGGACGAAGUGGGCAAGUUUGGGAUGUUCUCGCCAAGUCCAUGCAGCAAGACUCCUGCCCCGGUGCCAUACGAGGUGUUCUUUGACCUAGCCCUGCCCAGGGCAGCCUCGCUUUAUGUGGGCCAGAAGACGUCCGAGGUCAUCCACAAGGCGGCACUGGAGAGGCCUUCAAGACGGGAAGAGGGGCUAGAGGACGGGGACGAGGAGGGGGUUGUGACUACUUCACCCCUGGAGGUGCUGGAUCGCCUUGUUCAGCAGGGGAGUGAUGCCUAUGAUAAAGUCCUUAAGAGAUUACCUUUGCCAAGUAAGUCAGCUGACUGGACGCACUUUGGAGGGUCGGCUCCGACUGAUGAGCUUCAAACACUGCGCAGCCAGCUGCUCCUGCUGCACAACCAAUUGCUGUACGAACGCUACAAGAGGGAGCAGCAUGCCGUCCGCAACCGCCGCCUUCUGCGGCGCAUCAUCAACGCCACUGCACUUGAAGAGCAAAACAAUGCCAUGAAGGACCAGCUGAACCUGCAGAGUGUGGAUAUCAUGUCUCUGAGGGAGAGUCUGCAGGUGGAACAGCAGCGGUACAGGCACCUGUGGGACGACCGGGAGACGGUGGUGACCCGUUUGCACAGUCAGAUCAGACAAUUGCAGCAGGGACGAGACGGCUACGACACCAAGAACCAAGAGCUCCAGAGCAAAUUACAAGAGUAUCAGAAAAGGAUGGAUGAACUUGAGGCAGAGCUUCAGGGGGCAAAUAACAGAGUCUGUCACACUGGACACUUGCUCAAACAGAUGACCAUCAAGCUGAGCAACAGUGAGUGCACCCAGCAGCAGAUGAGCUUCCUAAACAAGCAGCUACUGCUCCUUGGGGAGGCACAUAAGCUGUCCAUGCAAGAGCUACAACACGUAGGUGCAGAUAAUACCAAGAGACCCACCACCCAGGAGGCCCAAAUGCUACAAGCAUCCUACAGAAAGGAAGUAGAGGCUCUGAGACAGAGCCUGCUGGUUCAGAGCCAGAAACUUGAGGCAGCUCAUCAGAGGGCCGCUGAACUGGAGACGCUUCUCUCCAAGAAGGAGCACCUCAUUGCAGAACAGAAGAAGUUUCUUGAGGAUGUAAAAUGCCAAGCAAAGGUAGAGCUGCAGGCCUCAGACAGCAGGUAUCAGGCACAGAGAAGAAUCACUCAACUGCUGCAGACUGAACUCCUGCAGCUCUACAGCAAAGUUGAGACGGAGGCUCCAGGUAACAGUGGCGCUUGUUUGCCACCAGGGGGCAGAGCGGACCCACACACAGCUGCUGACUCCAGCUUCCUGGUGCCUGAUGGACCAAGUAAAAGUUGUACUAAUGAGGAGAUGGACGGUAGACCACCACAUGACUCACCCUGCGGUAACGGCAGCACUUUAUUACUAGGGCAACCAAAGGCAAGCAAAUCUUCCAAGACUACAGCCAACUCGGUCAAUGGCAGCAAGGAGCCAGGCCCACCCCUAGUAGUGGAGCCCCCCCUGUCCUGCGCCCACACCAACUUGCUUGCACCUCAGCCCACCUCUGACGCACCGCUCACCGUGGGCUCCUACCCCAGCGCCAAAAGCUUCCUUGGCAUGAGGGCACGCGAGCUUUUUCGCAACAAAAGUGAAAGCCAGUGUGAUGAGGAGCAUCAACAGCCGUCGCCUCCGCGUCUCGCCGGCCUCGCCCACAGCCUGAAGACUGAGCUGUGCACGGAGUCCCCGUGCCCGGGUUACGUCGCCCACAUCAGCCCUGCACCCUCCCACACUCCGACCAUCCCGACUCAGCCCCUUACCCCGGCCGCUCCUGUCACCGUGCCCACCAAGGAUCCCACUGAGCCUAAGCAGCAGGUCCUCAGUCAGGAAAGCCCCCGUAGGAAGGUAGGGCUAGGGCCUGGCGGAGGGCGAGGCCUAGCAGGGACGGGGAGGCCCAGACAGCAACCGCUCAAGAUCAUGGACUACAAUGAAACGCAUCAUGAGCACAGUUAGGGACACAACUGAGCCGGGGAGAUUGAAGCUUAAGAUUGACAAGAUCUACAAAUCAGCAAAAGAGUAAUAUGUCAACAACUCUUUCAAAGUCAGUGUUAUUUGUUCCAUUCCUUUGAGUGGACAACAGGAUUUCAUUCCCCCCACCCCCGCCUUUUUUUUUUUUUUU